AUGACAGAUGGAAUAGAAACAGCAGACAUAGUAGACAGUAAGACAAACCCAAUAGAUAUAACAGACAUAUCAGACUCAUUAGUAGCAUUAACAAGGAAGUAUGUACUUGACUUGCUAAAGGAAACUGGAAUGCUUGGGGGUAGACCAUGUGAUACACCUCUAGAACUGGGCCAGAAACUAAUUGAAGAUCAAGGGAGAGAGCCAGUGGAUAGGAGGAGAUACCAGAGGCUAGUGGGCAAGCUCAUAUACUUAUCUCACUUGCGUCUAGACAUUGCCAUUGCAGUAAGCAUUGUUAGCCAGUUUAUGCAUGCUCCUAGAACUUCCAACUUAGAGACAGUUAUAAGAAUUCUGAGAUACCUGAAGACUUCUGCUGCAAAGGGUCUCUAUUUCUCGAAACAUGGAUAUCUUGGUAUGAAGGCAUUUACUAAUGCGGAUUGGACUGGAUCAGUUAGUGACAGACGAUCAACCUCUGGAUAUUGCACAUUUGUUGGAAGCAACUUCAUCACAUGGCAAAGUAAGAAACAGAAUGUGGUUGCUAAAUCUAGUGCUGAGGCAGAAUUCAGAGCUAUGACACAGGGUGUAUGUGAGUUGCUAUGGAUUAGACUAUUGUUGGAAGACUUAACAAUCCAUCAGACUGAUUCCAUGAGAUUGUACUGUGAUAACAAAGUAGUAUAG